UAUGCAUUUCAAAGUUGUAAAGAAGGAAAAUAACUUUUUUUUUUAUAUGUACAAAUAGAAGUUCAGAGUGUGUUGUGUUCAUCCAAUCCCCCGAAGUCAAAACUUUCUAGGACACGACUUUAAUUACAGCUGCAUGCUCUUUGAGGCAUGUCUUCAUUAGCCUCACUCAACUGUACACUGAAACUGGUGUGUUUUUCUUAGCAAAGUGGUCUUGCUACAAAUUGUAAAACGGAAAUAGGUGUGGGCUAAUCCCCACCUCCACCCCUACAUUCACAUAAAGUCCUAGCUGUAUGUUUUAAUGUCACUGUUCUUCUGGAAGAUGAGCUCUGCACCAACAUUAAUGUCUUUAAGUGUUAGCAUUCGACCACAUGUAGCAUUUUGUUUGAAGAACAACCUGAUGUUAUGGCAUAGUUUUUUUCCAUUUCUGGAAAAUAUGAUCGAACAAUGCAAAACUUGGAACAUUGUUUUAUCAAAUCAACUUCUCAGUUGUUUUCUCCCGGACCUGUCCGAUGUGUGCCUCGUUUUUUAAAGUUUUUUUAUUAUACUUCUGUUAAAAACUGAUUCACGAUGAUGUGCUUCUUUGUUCUGGUGUAUCACAUGAAAUCUCAAUAAAGCAUAUUGUGGUUUGUGGAUGUCAUGUGGCAAGAAGUAGAAAGGUUCAACUGGCCAUGAGUACUGCACAGGACACCGAGUGUGUGCUGUUUAGCUGUUAUCUUUUGUAAAUAGUGUUUCACUGAUCUUCUGUGUGGUGAUUCAGUCGGGUUGGAAUGUUUGCAGAACACCUUGUGUUUAGCUGUGAAAUACUACGCCUUCCUCUCAGCUAAAAAGUGUAGAUGAUGAAACACUUAUCUUUAAAAAAAAUGUUUUAAAAUCUACUUUAAAAUAGGGUAUAUUUAAGAUUUUGUUGGAAUCAAAUUUCUAAGAUCUACAAAACGUACACUCCAUACCAAUGCGCAAAGCCACUUACGGACAUUUUCUUGAAGGCCUAAUUGUCUUGCAUUUUCAACACUUUAGGUAUUGUACCUUUUAAAUGUUCCAACUUGCUGCAUCUGCCUUUUGCUCCACAUGUUAAACAAGUUUGGCAGACUGAGGUCCGUUAAUAUGACCAUUGUCUUGCUGGCCUAUGAGGAGAGACAGAUUCCCUUAGGGACCACAGGUGGAGUGGAGCUCAGGGGACAGGCUCCUCUGGGCUCCUGAACCUCUCUGUGUGAAUGGCCCUCCUGUUCAGCAUAAACCCAGGCCCUCAGGCUGCACUUUAAACUGGGAUAUAUCAUCACUGCAGGACCUGCAUACGUUCUGUCAGCAGGAGCCCUGAAAACGUCAAGAACAUGUACUCUUAAACUCCAGUCUUUAAGCAUCAAAAAUGCCAGUCUUCAGGGAUAUGCUGAUGUUUGUGGCAAUCGUUUCCAUCUCGGCGUCAGUCCAUUGUCAAAAAUUGCCAAGUUUUGAUCUGCUGGAGGAGUUCCAUGUUCCUGAGUCGAAAGGAGUGAAGAGAGUGGAUGGGUCUGAAGCUGAGGCAGUGGCCUACCGCAUCAACCCCUCCAUUCAUUUACAGAAGACACUGAGUGAUGUGUAUCCAGAUGGACUUCCCACUGAAUACUCCAUUAUAACAACAUUUAAAGUGACCAAUGACACUGCUCAGACGUCCUGGAACCUUUGGCAAGUCAGUGACCCAGAAGGACGAGAACAAGUCGGCCUGCGUUUCCAGCCUGAUGGACGGUCGUUGGACUUUUUUUACACUGGUCCACAGGGGACGCAGAUGGUGAGGACUUUCCAAGGUUUGCAAAAAUUGUUUAACAGGGAGUGGCACAAGUUGGCUCUGAGCGUAAAGGGCAGCCAAGUAAGGCUGCUGAUUGACUGCAAGGAGAUCAGAGUGGAGAGCAUCGAUGAGCCGAGGCCAGUCAUCCGACAAGGCUACACAUCCAUCGUGAAACGGGCUGCAGGAGACCGAUCCGCUUCCGUGGAUCUCCAGCAGAUGCAAGUGUCUUGUGAUCCAGAGCAGGCUUAUUCAGAGAGCUGCUGUGAGCUCUCCGGUGUGUGCGGGGGAUAUGCAGAGAUCGGCCUCACAGCUGGAAGAGCAACUUGUAAAUGCAUGCAUGGACAACCAGGAUUUCAGGGCUCUCCGGGGCCAAAGGGUCACAGAGGGCUUCCAGGAAAACCCGGAGACCAAGGAAGACUGGGCAACUGGGGAAUCCGUGGAAACACAGGGGACUACGGAAACAUUGGUGAGACGGGACCGAAGGGCGAGCAAGGAAUCAAAGGAGAAAAAGGGAUGAGAGGACCCUGGGGACAAAGGGGAGAGAGAGGUCCGCAAGGGCUGAAAGGACUAAAAGGAGCUGCGGGCUUUAAGGGAAUUCGUGGACUUCCUGGAGACAUUGGGGAGGCUGGGAAAGCAGGAGAAGUGGGCACUAAAGGGCUUCAAGGAUAUCCAGGGAUUCCGGGGUUUGAAGGAGUGAAGGGCCAAAAAGGGAAUUCUGGGGCUACGGGGCGGCUUGGACCCAGAGGAAAGCAGGGUAUUGUAGGGGAUCCUGGAGAAAGGGGAGCUCCUGGAGAGAAGGGAAGGCCAGGUAUCCAAGGAUCUGUAGGCAGAGCUGGGACUAUAGGAUCAAAAGGUAUUAUUGGAGAUCCGGGUUUACCUGGUAGAGAUGGUGAUCCAGGAAUAGAGGCAUAUCAAGGACCCCAGGGUCUCAGUGGAAAACCUGGGCGUAUCGGUGGAAAGGGAGAGAAGGGCACCCUGGGGCCAGCAGGAGAAAUGGGUCCCCAAGGCCAAACUGGACUGAGCGGUUACAAAGGUUCUGCGGGAAAGCCAGGAAGACCUGGAUUUAUUGGUCCACCUGGACCUACUGGUCACGUGGGUGUACCUGGAAAACCAGGAAUCAAGGGUGACACAGGAAUCCAAGGAAUUAAAGGAGUUAAAGGUGCAGAGGGAGCAAAAGGAGUGAAAGGCCUAAAUGGAAGGGUUGGAGACAGAGGUGAGCCAGGUGCUCAGGGAGGCAGGGGGAAGCGUGGUCCUGCAGGCCUACCCGGUCGCUCAGGUCCUUUUGGAGGAAAAGGGAUUCGAGGUGAAGGAGGACCUGAUGGCUUUCAGGGACUCCCAGGACCUCCGGGUCCAACGCUUCCAGCUGAACAUGUGAUUGAAGUUUGUAAGAAGGUGGUCCUGGAGCAGAUGUCCACCUUUGCCAACUCAGUAAAGAGGACGUGUGCUGCAGUUUGUCCUCUCUACGGGGACGUUCCCAUGGGUGCCCCUGGUCCCCCCGGACAGAAAGGACCCGCGGGGCCUCCUGGUGACCCUGGUACUGAUGGUGUUGCUGGGGAAACGGGCCUACCAGGAUUCUAUGGAGAAGGUGGUGAGCCAGGCCGACAAGGAGAAUCAGGUGACAGAGGAGAGCAUGGUGAUAAAGGAGUCAAAGGUUAUGGCAUUCCUGGCUUCACCGGCGAUCAGGGACCAAAGGGUCAGCGUGGGCGUCCCGGCAGAGCCUUUAAUGGUCAGCCUGGAAAACCGGGUGAAAGGGGACAUGCAGGCCGGCCGGGGCUCAGGGGCCACCCAGGUCUCAGGGGCCCCCCAGGCGUCUGUGUGACCUCUGGAUGUGCUGAGCAGAACUCACUGCUCAGUGGGACACGCCAGCCAGCACCACAGAGGCUGAGAAAUCGCUCCUAAAAGGAAAAGAGUCUAACUAGGAGGAUAAACUUUUAUCAAAGUCUUCUCUUGUUGGGCUGUUUAAAACAUUUUAAUGUAAAUAUUCUAAAUAAACCUUUGCUGUAGUCUUGAAACAAAUGUCUCCAGAGGAAACAUUCAGAGGAACAAAAUAUGAUUGUUUGAA